GCGUCACCGCAGAGCAGCCCCUCCCGGCCGCGGCCGUCGACCCCGGACCCGGCCCGGCUCUAUGGACAGGAGCUCGCUGCUGCAGCUUAUCCAGGAGCAGCAGCUGGACCCUGAGAACACGGGCUUCAUCGGUGCAGACACCUUCACUGGCUUGGUGCACAGCCAUGAGCUACCCCUGGAUCCAGCCAAGCUGGACAUGCUGGUGGCCCUGGCCCAGAGCAAUGAGCGGGGCCAGGUCUGCUACCAGGAGCUGGUGGACCUGAUCAGCAGCAAGCGCUCAAGCAGCUUUAAGCGGGCCAUCGCCAAUGGACAGCGGGCACUGCCCCGGGAGGGGCUGCUAGACGAGCCGGGCCUGGGUGUCUAUAAGCGGUUUGUGCGCUACGUGGCCUACGAGAUCUUGCCCCGAGAGGUGGACCGCCACUGGUACUUCUACCGGCACCGAAGCUGCCCACCCCCUGUGUUUAUGGCCUCGGUCACUCUGGCCCAGAUCAUCGUGUUCCUGUGCUAUGGGGCCCGUCUCAACAAGUGGGUGCUGCAGACCUACCACCCUGAGUACAUGAAGAGCCCUCUCGUAUACCACCCCGGGCACCGGGCGCGGGCCUGGCGCUUCCUCACCUACAUGUUCAUGCACGUUGGGCUGGAGCAGCUGGGGUUCAACGCACUCCUACAGCUGAUGAUUGGGGUGCCCCUGGAAAUGGUGCAUGGCCUGCUCCGCAUCAGCCUGCUCUACCUGGCUGGCGUGCUGGCAGGCUCCCUGACUGUCUCCAUUACUGACAUGCGGGCCCCUGUGGUGGGGGGCUCUGGCGGAGUCUACGCCCUGUGUUCUGCACACCUGGCCAAUGUCGUCAUGAACUGGGCUGGGAUGAGGUGUCCCUACAAGCUGCUGAGAAUGGUGCUGGCCCUGGUGUGCAUGAGCUCCGAGGUGGGCCGGGCUGUGUGGCUGCGCUUCUCCCCGCCACUGCCCGCCUCGGGCCCACAGCCCAGCUUCAUGGCGCACUUGGCUGGUGCGGUGGUGGGGGUCAGCAUGGGCCUGACCAUCCUGCGCAGUUAUGAGGAACGCCUUCGGGACCAGUGCGGCUGGUGGGUGGUGCUGCUUGCCUACGGCACCUUCCUGCUCUUCGCCAUCUUCUGGAACAUCUUCGCCUAUGACCUGCUGGGUGCCCAUAUUCCUCCACCACCCUGAGGAGCUCCUGGGGGCCACACGGGCCAGGGCGUGGCCUGCAUGUCCACCUUCUGUGAAAGUAGGUCUUAAGACUGCUUCUCCCGUGAGGGCAGGUGGCCCCUGUGGCCUACUGAGUCCAAGCCAAGCCUUACACCAGCCCUGGCCCCCCUCCGAGGCCUGGGGGUGUUAGGACUGCUGGGCCAGGCUGGGUGGUGGAGGUCCCAAGGGUGGUCCCAGAGGAGACCCUGUCCUGGUCUCCCUCCAUGACUUGCAGUCUGAGCCUUUUUGGAGAAUAAAUAAAUAUUUUACACAACA